AGUGAAAAAUAAAAUACAAAUAUGACAGUGCACGUGGCAAGCAAUAGACAGCAACGGGGGUAUAGAUUACUAUAGAUUUAUAGACCUACAGAGACAUUUAGUCUAGUCUUAUAACAAUACAAACAUACGGUGAUUUAUAUAUCUAUAUCUUGAAAAACAUGGGUCGACGCAAGAAGGCAAAUAAACCUCCACCUAAACGAAAAGCAAUUGUACCACUAGAUACAUUAUUUAACUGCCCAUUUUGUAACCAUGAAAAAUCAUGUGAAGUCAAAUUGGACAGAGAGCGUAACACAGGAAUAAUUACUUGCAAUGUGUGUCUUGAGGAUUUUCAAACAAAUAUCAACUACUUGUCAGAAGCUGUAGAUGUCUACAGUGAUUGGAUUGAUGCUUGUGAGUCUGCCAAUCAGUAGCAAUGGUUUUUGUGGCCCAGCCAAGAUGGGUCACAAGCUUUCAUUAUCUACAGACUCAACAAAAGUCACGGAAUGAUUGUUUUUUACAGUUUUGGGGUUACAUAGAUUUGGCUUAUUACAUUUUUUUUGUUUAGUUUAACUGAACUUACAGUGGAUUCAUUGGCCCAAUGAUGCUUUAAUCUUUGAAAGCAAAACAAAAAUCGUCUCUCUGAAUGUUGACCAGUCUUUUGUAAAAAAAAAUAAAAAAUAUAUAAGCCAGAUAUGCGAUGCUUGGAUGGUCCAAUGGUUUUAUAGAUGUGCUGUAUAUGCUGAUAUGAUGUUCGGACAUAAAUGUUGUGCUUGGUCGUACAAGGCAGGCCCAAGGUUAAAUUUACACACUGGAUAAAACUAUUAUGUUCUAACCUAUGUUCAUUGGUUUAAUUGCUUUUAAUCAGAAAGACUUUGUGUGAUGUUUAAAUGGAAGUGAGCUUGAUACAUGAUUUAUAUUUAAAGUCUUACAGUUAUAGGUAUGUUUUACCAGAUGACAACUUAUUUCUGGGAGGUUUACAUUUUGUGUAUAGUAUUUUAUUUUCUACUUUGAAUGUGUAUUGGACUGAUGAAGUGUGUCUGUGUAUAGAAGAUUCUAAAGCACUUAUCCCUAGGUGAUUUCUUUGAAUGCUUUGUGAUAGUAUGCUCAUACAUUAGAUUCAUCUUGCUAACUGUAACAAAAAAAUAAUAAUAAAUAUAAGAGAAAAUAAAUAACAUGUUUUGUAUUUCCUUUUUCUGACUAGAUCUGUAAAAAAAAAUUAUUUUAAUGCCCUCUUUAGAUUCUAAGAAAUAAAUACUUUUGAGUUGUAGAAAUGAUGUUUUCUGCAGACCUUUCGGCACUGAAACAAACAAGGGCCAGUGUUAAAAAGAAAACAAUUUUAACUGCUUCCACAGGACACAUGACAAAAUCUAACCAGCAAUCCUUGUUUUGCGCUGUUCACUUAAUUCUGAAACGUCAUGUGAGUUCAUAGCAAGUCUCCUGUUUUCAAGUGGUGUCUUUUUUUUUUCAGGAAGCUACCAGCCUACAGUGCACAAAAAAUGAUUUAAGCUAAGCCUAAUCUUAUAUUUUUGUUUUUCUAGUAAAAAAACAAACUUGAGUGAAUAUGUUUAGACAUUGGCCCACAUUGAACCUAUUGUCUAUACAGCAAUAAUUUUUAUUUAUUAUAUAAUUUAUCUUGUAGAUCAUUGCAGCUUUUCAUCAAAAGGUUUGUGUGUGUUUUGAUUUGAUUAUCAAGAGUUGUCACAUUUUUUAUGACUACUUAUAAACUUGACCUUGAAACCUUUUUUAAAAAAAUAGUUAGUGAGCAUAGAGGCAAGACAGAGUGCUGUGUGAGUUGUCAUGGGUGAGGUGAUUGCCUCCUGCAUGAAUGUGACAUGUUUCAGUUGAAAACUCAAGAAAUUAAAACACAAGUCUAUUGAGAA